AUGAACACUAGCGAAUAUCUUAACCAGCUACUAAAGGAUAAAACAACCAUUUCAAAAAUGCCCAAGAUAUUUCUGCAUUUGGAACGACUACUUGACGAAGGUGAGUGAGUGAUGUUUACAUUUCGAAGUAUUCGAAAAUUUGAAAUACCGUUUAAUAGCUUGUCUGCUUUUCUCGCUAAAGUAGCGACUCUCUAGUAUAAUGGUAGAGGCUUAUUUAAGCGUAAAAAGCGCUCUAAAUAUGGUGUAUUUUGAUCGUUUAUAUUUGGGAUGGCGACUCCAAAAUCCAGGCUAAAGUCUCGAUGCGCUUCUCGCAUGUAAAUUGUAACAUGUUUACAAAAUCGAUCAGGCUAGCGUUUCAAAUAAAUAACAUUUUCACCGUUUAGAUAUAUACUUAUUAAUGACAUACUAAUGCUUUAAUAACAAGAAUCGUAAAAUAGCUUAGUAGACUAAUCCUAGAGGAAUAUAUAAACAAGAUUGUAGGGUUUUUUGCAAACUUGCGGUUCAGAACGCUUUGGCGUUCGAUACAAUUUAUGCAAACUAGAUAACACGAAUCUUUGUUUGUGUGGCGCAAUUUUAGGUGUACUUUAUUGGGAUCUUGCACGAUAAAGAUGUCUUCGAAAAACAAUAAUUUUAUCAAUGUGUGAAUAUCGUAUCUCUGAAUAUGCUUCUUUUAUAUUUUAUCUUCGCUUCGCCGACGAUUUGAAUAUAUAAACAGCUUGCAUCCCCAAGACUACUUUAUACAAAUACAAUAGAAAAUGCAAAGCGCAUGAAAUUGCGUUUCUGUGAUUAAUUUACCGCUCCGUUUAAAGCACAGAUUGAGAUACUUCAAUCUUAACAAUAUACAAGAUUCAAUUUCAAUGUUUUACCGCGAUCGAGGGCAGAUAAAGCCUUUUCCCCACGCGUUUGACAUGUUUGUUCGAGCGAGUGUGGCGAUCACCUGCUUGUUCGCCGGUCAUUUUUAUGCGCAUUUAAAAAGAUACAAGACAAAAAAAUAUUAUUGUUCUGUGACCUUUGCUAGACAAAACAAAACCCUACCAUCCAGAUUUAAAACAGUAAUAUUUUAAAUUUUCACCAAUUUUCUGCGCGGAAACGUACGGUUGUAAAAUCGAAUGCGUAAAAUUAAUUACGCUUAUAAGCUGUCAAAAGUAUCAUAUUUCUUAAUUUUCUUUGACGCUCAAAUAAAAAUCGCAUUAUUUUUGAGCUUUGAAACGAACUAUGCGAGCCAGCAAGUUUAUAAAACAAGAAAAAAUAAGUCUUAUUCUUUCCAAAGCAGACAUAACUGUCUUUUUAGCAAAACAAUUGCUGUUUUGCGGCGCUUUUGUCUUAAUCAGGAUUUUAGUCAACGUGGCUCGUGCCAAAUUCCAUAGUAACAUAAGAAGCUAUUUUAACACACAAACAGGUCAACAAUAUUCAUUGUUCCGAAACUAAUUAUUUUCCCGGCUCCUUUGCAACACGUAAUAGCGUUAUGUUUCAAAUUUGUGCUAACAAUUAAUUAUUUUGAAAUAUUUCUAUGCAGUUUACAAAUUUUCAAUAUUAAAGUAAUAUGAAUCACAAAAUUUUAAUAUAUCAAGGCUUGCAUGAACAUGGGAUUAAUGGAUUAAAUAAGGGGUUAUUACUAAUUUUUUCUGCUAUAAAACUUAUCCAGACUAAAUAAUAAAAUCAGAACUGUUGAGAUACCAUUUUGGUCUUGUUUGAAUUUGAGGUCCCAGGACAACUUGUGCCCCCCACCCGCACUGCAAGUAGCAACUUUGGUGGGGGGUGUGGGGGCAACAGUCGUAGUUAACAACCGGAAAAUUCUCUAGAAAAUUUGAAUAAUUGAAUUCCUAGUGCAAUAUGCCUAGAUGGCUUAACAAAGCAAACAUGUUGCUUAUAUUUUCCUAGCUUUGUUUAAACAAAAGCUAAUUUAUGCAACAGUUUUAAUGAAAAUUGGUAAUUAAAAAACCACUUGUAUACAGAAGUGAAUAAAUUAAUAUUUGAAUUAAUUCUGAUAUUGGUUGUCUUUCAAACAUAAUUUGCAUGCAAGCAUUGUCUGUAAUAAACAUUUUCCCUUGGCAACUAUGGGUAGAAAAUAAUGAAAAUUUAAACAAGUAAUUCACAAAAUUUUUCCCAACCAUUUUGGGCGUACAGUGUGCUAUAAACAAAUCCCACAGCAUCAAUUCACUUUAGGGCAACCAAAGUUAGUUAUGGAAAGAGCAACACUUUGCUCUCAACAAGUAAAAAUGUUGACAUAGUAAAAUGCAUUGGGGCUCAUAGCAGCUUAAUAAGUUAACAGAAGACACAGGAAGAUGUUUUAGUCAUUUCACGGACUUUAGGAUUAAUUCAAUCUGACAACAAUAGUGUUCUAUCUAAUAGCAGUUAAAAUAAAGUGUAUGGCACCUGAACUGUUCAAUAACUUGCUUGACAGUACUUCUAAAUCUAUCUUACAUAUUAUGCAAAUACUGUAUAUUUUCAAAAUCCGCCAUAUUAAUUUACAUUUAAAGAUGCGGUACAGUCCGAUCUGCGCAUGUGCACAAAGGUCAGCCCUCUUUUUAUUUACAAACAGUUUAUUUAGGUUUUUAUUUCAUUUUACGUUCUUGCAAAGCUUGAUUGUUGUCUCUUGAUAAUUUAUUAUACUCUAGAAUCAUGAAAAUAUAAAUAGUUGUCGAAUAAAAUUAAAUAUUUUGGAUACUGAAAUGUAAACAAAGCCUUUGUUUACAUACGCAUCUUUAAGAACCCAAGUUUUUGCAGUUCACAUGAAAUUUUACGUUGGUGAUUUUCACUAAUAAUAAGAGGGAAGGAUCAAAGUGGGCAUUGUCACUCGCUAACCCAAUCAGCUGUCUGGGUUCUGUACCAUGUGACAUGUUCAAAUCGUUCCGAGUGUGAGGAAUCUUAUCACAUCAUGACAGCCUCGAUAACAUAUUCUGGGUACAUGUUUGUGCCAUAUAAGGAAGUUGUGGACAUGUUUGUGCCAUAUAUGGAAGCAUGGUUCCCUCUUGCUUUGAACAAUGAAAUAAUUGGAUGAUACUUACCCUCCUGUUAUUGGUGCAAAUCAUGGGUGUUAGCUGCAAAUGUAUUUAUGGAUUUAGAAGCACUGUCAAGCAAGAUAUUGACAUACACUUUAUUUUAACUGCUAUUUAGAUAGAAUACUAUUGUUGUCAAAUUGAUUGGUUGUUUGGUGUUUAGACAGUGUAAAUUAAUUAACAAAGUAAUGUAAACUCUACUAAUGCUCUAAUAACACACUAAUGUCACUUGCUUCAAGUCUAAUCCCUAACAACUAAUGUUAACCUCUUACAUUUAGAGAUUAACCGUAUUCGAACUGAAUUAUUCCAUGGUCCAUGCAAUGGCCUACCUUUACCCGCAUCCGCGCCACUUAACCUACCACCAUCUAACGGUAAAAAUGUUAAACUAACUGAGAAAGUGUUUGCUCCUGUCAAAGAGUUUCCAAAGGUCAGUUUAACUGGACUAACCUUAUUAACUUGUAACCUAUUAAUGAGGUAUAACAAUCUAAUUAGAGGAGUAAAGUAACAUUGAAAAUAAUAAAGUUUUGACAAACUGUGCUCACAGUUUUCUAAUAUAAAUUUCUUAGUUCAAUUUUGUGGGACGAAUUAUUGGUCCUAGAGGAUUAACGUUGAGAAAGAUUGAGGCAGAGACGGGAUGUAAGCUUCUGGUCCGUGGAAAGGGAUCAAUGAAAGAUAGAAAAAUGGUAAGAUUUAUUGCAUGUGAGAAUGCUUCACAGACACUGCAGUUUUUUUCUUAGUAUUCCUACUUUCUCCUAUAGUGACACUAGAUCAAUAAUCUUUCUAUAUUAGCAAGAACUGAUAGAAAGCUUCAGAUUGAUAGGAAUUGAAAAAUAGAAGGAGAACUUUGAUGUGAAGUUCUCCUUGUAUUUUUCAGGUAGAUAUAUUCCCAUCAAGCUUUCAAUUAUUGGCACUUGCAACAGACCAUCCAAAAUUAGAUUUGAUAGAACUUUAUAAAAUAACAUGUAUAUAACACGUGCUCUGAUUGGUCGAAACUUCCGUGUUUGGAUCAGGCCAUCCAAACACGGAAGACUAUCGUGUUGUUGUUAUUUUAUAAAACAAUUACUUUAUGGUUUCCGUGUUUGGAUGGCCUGAUCCAAACACUUGGGAAUGUUGCUCGAGUUAAGAAAAGCACGCAAAAUCACUCGCCUUCAGCUCGUGUUUUCGCGCGCUUUGGAUCAAGCCAUCCAAACACGGAAAGCAUAAAGUAAUUGUAUAAUCCAGUAUAGAUAAAGUUAACAUUUAGUUUGGAAGUCUGUCUGAGUUGUGAUUAUCUUGAUUAUUAGGAAGAUGAAAAGCGUGGCCAACCAAACUAUGAGCACUUGGAAGAAGAUCUUCAUGUUCUUGUUGCUGUAGAAGAUACACAAGAGCGAGCAAGUGUCAGAUUGGAGAGGGCUGUUAACGAGAUUAAAAUGCUCAUGAAGCCAGUGGUAUGUAAAUGCUUGCCGAGCAAGUAGAUAAAUAUUGUGAAGGAGAAAUUCUUAAGAACAUUGCUGAAAAUUACUGACAACCUAAAGCACUGCUCAUGAAAAAAAUGCAUAUGGAUAGGGGAUUCAACUACCUAUUCAAAAAAUACAAGUAAAACAUUGACAUUUUGAGCAAUAGGCCCUUCGUUGGGAAGUUAGUAGCUGGAAGUUAGUAAUAGUAACAGUUGUCCUAGCUCAAUCGUUUUAAAAUGUUUAUGCUUUUUCUAGGAGGAUGGAGAUGAUGAGAUAAAACGAGAACAACUUGGAACAUUAGCUUUGAUCAAUGGUACCUAUAGACCUCCAGGUAAUUUCUUCAUUGAGAAAUAAACAAUGAGAACUUCAAUAUUUCGAGCGGAAUAGAACUUUGAAAUGUUGAAGUUCUCCUUGUUUUUUUUUAGGUAAUUGUACAGUUGCAAGUUUUCUUAUUAUUGGAACUACCACAGACCAUUUAAUAUGAUUUUAAUACAGUAUUAAUCUCUUAAUAUGGUUAAAUUAACAUACACUGUAGGCAGCAAUGGCAAUAUGAAUAUGCUUAGUCCUCCUGUGACACCUGUUUCUGGAGCUUUUCCUGGAGUACGGACGUCUUCAGGUAACUUAACGACACAUAAAGAAUUAUUCACGUUUUAUUUCCUCCAGCAAUGUUAAACAAUGUACUAAUUUUUAACAUAAAGCAGCAGCUGGAAACCAUUUGUCAACAGCAAUGGCAGGGACAGACUUUGGAUUCUCCCCCAGAGGGGGUACUGUUAUGGACAUUUCUAUGGAUGGAUCUUUCAUAGGUAGGGUUUGAUUUUUUAACUGAGCAGGCAGGAAAAUCCAGGCUAUUGGUUUGAUAAAUGUUAUUGUUUUCACUAGAAAAUGGUGGUAUAUUUGGGUUAGGAGGAAAUCCGAAGCUACGCAGAGGUCUUGCGCGGGAACAUCCAUAUUCAAGGUGAUGUAAUGGUAUUGUAAUACAUAGUGAGCUCCAUAUAUAUCAAGAACUUCAGUCAUUUAGCCUAUGAGAAAAGUGAAGCCUGAAGAUGGCGACCAUCGACGUCCAAUAGCUCUGAAGGUUGUAAACAGCUUUUAUACCGUUUUCCCAGCUAAUUCCAGUUUUUUCUACAUACUUUUUGCCAACAUGGUGGAACAAGGAGCUAUUGGAAGUCAGUUCCAGUCUCUUUCUAUUGUUUUGUCUGCGCAGUUAACAUGAAGCUCAGGCUUCACUUUUGGACUUGAGUUCUCUCUAGAGAGAGAGUUCUGCACUGGUAAUACUUCCCCCUGUCAGUUAGUGACUACUGUCAGUCAACCAGGCAAUGAGCCUGAAGCAGGUAAGUAGUUUGCCGGUCAGUCAGGCAAUUAGCACUCCAGCACAGAGUAGAUACAUAUACAGAGUUAUAAUGCUUGUGCACAUGCUCGGCAAGUUACUAGAUGCAUGUAUCCCAUUGGAUGAGUCGCUCGCUUUAACUGUUUACAGAACUUGCCGAGCAUGCGCAGUUGAUUAUUUUUUGCCUGGUCACCUGAAAAAAGUGGGUACAUGAAAACGUAAGUUUCCACAGUGUUUAUGACGGCCAGUUACACCUCUGUAUGUAUCUACUCUGUGACACCAGCCAGUUGGUCAACCCGUCUGCCAGGCACUCCAUCUGUCAGUCAACCAGCUAGACAAUCACUCUACAAUCAGUCAGAUUAAAUUUCAUUGUUUGAAUUUUAGAUUUCUAGCCGAAAAUGACCAUGUACAAAGGUAACAAUAUAAUCCUGGAAACUAACAUUUAUUGUAUGUAAUAUAUAUUUAGCGAGGCAUUUUUCAGCAUUUGUCAGCAUUUUUGCAAUGUUAUGCAAAGCAAGAACCGGGUUUGUCUAGUUCCAUGUUGAAUUAAAACCAAGAUAAAUAUGUCAAUGUUGUUACAUGAAGAAGAUAAAAACAUAUGUUGUGUUAGUAUAAGAAAAACAUACAAAGUAAAGCAAACAACAUUUGUUAUGUUUUGUUUGCCUUGGUUUUUAUAUGUAAUGUAUUUAUUGCUGAAAUUUGUCUCGCAUUAAAUAACUAUCGCACAUUAACCUAUACUAAACUAAACCAAAAAUACAUAUGUCAAAUACAGUACUUAAAACUUACAGUAACUCUAAUUGUAAAGUAUAUAAUUUAUAGUAAUAAAGUUUAAUAUGUUAUUAAUUAAAAUUUUAAUGAAUAAUGCAAGGUAAUAUAUAUUUGUGUUAAUAUAUACAAAGAUAAUUAUUAUAGCUGUAAGAAACAAAUAAUAAGAUAUUGAUUGUAAAAUUGAUUUAAUUUGAUUUAUUAAAUGCUGAAAGUUGAAACUUGCUGUUUAUUGAGUGUGUCUAUUAAAGUUCAAAGGUAAUUAUGUAAAGUUCACCAAAUUAUUAGAACUGUGUGCAUGUGUUGGGUCUUGUUAGUUAAUUUGCACAAUGCUAACACAUCCCACAAGCUUGACAGAAGUCAUAUAUGGAACUGUUCCUAUAUAGUAAUGUGAGUAAGGUGGUAGUUACUGAUUUAUAGAGGGUCUUGCAAAAAGAGUACCUGAGGCUAAUAAUGGGCUGCUGGUGUUUCCCUUGUAGUUUGCUCAAUUUUGGUUGGUAAGCCACUCAAUCUCACAAUAGUGUUGGGUUUAGCCUAAAUCUAGCCCAUUCUCUCAGCCAGCAUGAAACAGUCCUCUACAGUUCUCGAGUAGAAUGUUAGUAGAGUCAGGAAGUAUGGCCGGAUGGGAUUUCUUGCCUUUUAGUUUGAACUUCUGGUACUACAGACUACAUGGCUCAGUAUCCAGAAUUGAGCAAAAACUGUCUUGUGGUAUUAAGUUAGUAACUCUCGUAGUUGGGUAAACUACAUAACAUUUCUGGCUCAACAGUUAGACAAAAAUGGUAAUGUUGCGACUGUUCAUGGUUGGAUACAAGCGACGGUUGUAAUACUCCAGUUCAUAAAUUUAUAUAUAGAGUUCAAUGGGCAGAAAAUCCCUACCCUCCCCAUCCCCCCUGAUAAUGGUCCGAAGCAUGCAAACACUUUGGUUUGGCUACACAUGUUUACAAAAUUUCAUGCAAAUAUAUCACUUGAUGUCGCCUUGUCUUUUGUGUUAAAUGCCACUUCGCUUCAUCGUCAAGCAAAAGCGUAUUUUAUGCCGGCUGGCCGUAAACUUGCAGCUGUUAAAAACACCGCAUCAAGUGUGAGAACUCAAGCCGAUUCUCGUACUAGCAAUUUAAGGUAAGCGACCCACAUUCAGAACACUUCAAUCUAUGUUUAUAUCUCUUACGAUACAAGGGGAUAUUUGUUAUGUAGUGUUUGAUAUAUUGAUACAUAACAGCUUUACUAUGUUGUAUAUGUGUAAAUAUGGCUGGCUAUUAUAAAUUUCGGCGUCGAUUAUAGGUGUACUUUAACAAAGCAAUUAUUCACAGGAAUAGAGUGGAAAUAUUUAUCAAUAGGCCACUGAAGUCAUUUUAGUUUUGAUUGAAACGCUUCACUUAUCAGCAUUGUCGUAUUGGCAAGUUAAUCAGAACUAGCAAAUUCUUAUGUUGUUAUUGUUUUUCCCCCGCAGGAAUGGCCAUUCAAAUAUAACAUCGCCUCACUCGACUACAGCAGGUGCCUGUACUAAGGCCUUUAUUUAUCAUCAAGAGUGCCCAAUGACACCCGUAUUUACUGUACUCGGUUUUGAAGUUUUCUACUUAUUUUACGGACUUCUCGCUCUAUUCAGUCAAUAUGCAAACAUUUAUAAAACGGUAGGUAUAUGAACUCUUCCACAAAUUUUAUAGUGACCGCUUUCUUUAAAAUAUCAAUCAAUAUUUGGUUGCUCGUAUUACGGUAUUUAACACAUGGGCCGCAUUUUCGCUAUCAAUGACGCCUUUCAUAAUAGUAAAUUUCUUACCAGUUUUUGUACUGUAGUCUGUACUUUGCCCACAUAUCAGAGUAAGUACAUUAAUAUUUUGAAAAUGUAAUAGAAGUACUGCAUAAUUAAUCCUGUUAACAACUUGAUAUUUGCGUGCUUCUUCAGGAGUAUUAACAUAAUAAACGAGGUAUCAACCUAGCUUGUACAGUUAAGUAAUGCCUACAUUAUAAUAUAUACAUACAUUCCUAUUUCCAUUGUUUUAUACAAUUGUAUUAACUCAAACAUAAACCAAAGCCAUAAUACUUGAUAAAUAAACUAAGUUAUUUUCUUGUUGUUCAAUAAUUAUUAACUUCCUAAGCUUACUUCCUGAAUUUUAAUAAGUUUGUACAUUUUUCAUAAACAGCUACAAUAAAUGCACAGUGAUCGUUUUGUUAUUUUACUCUUUACAAAAUGCUAGAUGGUCAGGUUAUAACCUAUUACUGUCAUGUGAAUAGAAGCAUUCUGAAAAAUGACGAUGCAGUCUAUCAGUUUAUUUCCUCACUUUAGGAAUUCAUUUGACAAUUAGAAUUGCUAAUUAAAAUGCUAUCAUCCAAUUAGUACUAUCCUUUAUGUUGGAAGCAAACAUUAUUUCUCUGAUAUUCUAGUGCAAAUUACCAAUUUUCAAAUGAGUAUAAAUAUUACAAACAACAAAAUAAUAAACAUACCAUCCAUAUUGUUGGUCAGAUGUGAUAUUUCGUAUUACAUGAUUGGCCAAUUUAAAUACAGGAAGUUGACAAAUUCUUGAGCUGCAGGUCAGAGGAAUUUAAUUUCCCUUCUCCAAUCCAAGUUCACGAUGUCAACUUUCAUUUUCAUAUUUGGGAAAAAUAGACCCUAGAAUUGUAAUCUAAUUCUCAGAUUAGUCUAUCACUGCAGUGGCAAAUUCCAGUCAAAUGUGUAGGAAAAAUAAAAUUUUCAAAACACUGUAAUGAAAUGAAUGAGAUGAAGAAUUGAUGACGUCAACUCAGAUUGGAGAAUUGGCACAACUGUUAAGUGCCCAACACUUUCAAGGGUACAAGUAAAAUUGUCUGCCAUUGGACAGAAUGAAAUAAUGAAAUGGAGUGCAUUAGGGUGUGUUGUAGUUUAAUACAUUAAGCUGCACUGUGCCCUAAUGCCAGAUGUUUUCAUUCGUCGAGGGGAGAGUGCGCCAACUCAAUGUGUUAAUCAGACUCUCUGUCCAUGUGUCUAGUAAAUUAAGUUACAUUAAGAUUUUUCUGAUCAAGGGAAUAGUGCUGGCACUUAAUGGGAGAAUCCCCUUACGAAAAUAUCCUAUAGGAUCCUACAGGAAUUCCUAUAGGAACUCAUGCUCCUUAUGGGAAUUCCUAUAUGAAUAUUUUUUCCUAUAGGAAUUCCUGUAGGAAUUUUGUUUGUUUUCCUAUAGGAAUUCCUAUAGGAAUCCAUUAAGGGAAUGGUUUACCUAGUAAUACGUAAAACUAGUUUUAUUCAUAUUUUAUCAGAAUUAUCAUUUGAUUGACUACCAAGAAGUUCUGGUUAUUGCUUUGUUUUUAAUGAGAAGAAUUGGAUGGAUUGUUUUCAAACAGGUCUGUGUGUCUCAGUCAGUCAGUAAUUCAUGUUUUUGUUUAUGGUUGACUCAUCAAGUAUUUCCAUUCCAGGUUGUGUACAUAAAGGAGAUCACUUCAUUACGGAUUGUUUUGAUUGCAUUGUUGAAAGGAUUUGGACUUGUUGGUUUACUGUCAUGUUUUAUAUGGUUGAUCUUACAACUGUAUCGAACAACGUCAGUGACAAAUAUUUUGUUAUUCCUAUAUCCGUAAGUGUCAAACACAAAUGUAUUGGCAAUGUACGUUUUGACUGUAGCUAACACCCUGCUAAUCUUCAUCUUUCAUUUAGCACAAUGACAUAUCUGUGGGUAUUUGGAUUUACAAUGGAAUUGAAGCUACAAAAAGUCACCCCUAAAGUGACUCAUCAGAUUUCUCAACCAAGUAAGAAACGUCCACCAAUAGAUCCAGGGAAACCAGGCAACACGGACGGCGAGACAUGCCCGAAAAUGAGCCACUGUUCUCUCUCCCCAGAUGUCAUUCGUUACGAAGCCGAAGGCCAUAGAGCAGAUUUUAAUUUUAAAAUGAAGAGAGCAUUGUUUCAAUCAUUUAUUUGUGCAUAUUACGUUGGGUUUAUUCCUAUGAGAUUUUCAAAGGUGAGUUUGUAAACUAUAACACGCGUCUCUGAGGUGAUGUAGUGUGGAGGGGAAUAUGUAAUUUUGCAGUCCAAUGUGCAGUAUUUGAAAUGCAAAUUUCUUGGAAAGUGUUUUUCCUGAGGUGGCUGAUCCUUUACUGGUGCUGAAGUACCCAAAGAAAAUCAGCAAUUUUGAUAGAGUCAAACUGACUAGAACUCGUCUGAUAUGCAGUUGUGCUAAAAUUAUAAUCAGACAACUACAUACCAUGAUAAUUGGCAUGCCACAGCGAUGAAAAGAACAUGCACAAAUUACGUGCUACCAAAGAGCACAAGUUAUAAACUCACGUUUACCCCCUUGUUUCUUGCUCAACAAACAAACUGUGAUUUAUGUUCCCUUGUAACCCAUUUUCCCCUUGGCAAGUAAAAUUGUCUGGAACAUGCUUGUCAGAUGUUGGGGGCCUGGGUAGCGGCGCUACCUACAAGUGCCUGAAGUUAACUGCAAUCCUUGGUCAGAAGGUCUUAUGCAUGCUUAAGUAAAGUAGAAAAUUUCAAGAACUCUUUUUUUAAGUGCCAAAACUGAUCGAUUUUCAAAAACCAGAACUCCUUUUUCAAAUGCCAAAACUCCUUUUUCAAAUGCCAAAAUUCCUUUUUCAAAUGCCAGAACUCCGUUUUCAAAUUCCAGAACUCCGUUUUCAAAUGCCAAAACUCAGUUUUCAAAUGCCAGAACUUCCUUUUCAAAUGCCAGAGCUCCGUUUUCAAAUGGCAAAACUCCAUUUUCAAAUGCCAGAACUCCAUUUUCAAAUGCCAGAACUCCGUUUUCAAAUGCCAAAACUCCGUUUUCAAAUGCUAAAACUCCUUUUUCAAAUGCUAGAACUCCGUUUUCAAAUGCCAUAACUCAGUUUUCAAAUGCCAAAACUCCGUUUUCAAAUGCCAGAACUCCGUUUUCAAAUGCUAUGAACUCCGUUUUCAAAUGCCAGAACUCCGUUUUCAAAUGCUAUGAACUCAGUUUUCAAAUGCCACAACUCCGUUUUCAAAUGCCACAACUCCGUUUUCAGAAGGAGAACUCCGUUUUCGGCUUGAUAUAUGAAAAUUUUCUACUAAUUGGGUUUGAGCAAAUUAGUGGACACUCAAUUUUUACAAUAUGAAACAUAACUCAAAAAAUUUCUUCGGUGCCUGGUCCCCUGUCAUAAUUUGCUAACUGAAAAUAUUUUUUGGCUACCUGGAAAAAAACUAAAAUACAGGCAUGAUCUGGCAUUAGACAGAGUAAAAUAAUAAAAUAGGGUGCAUUGGAGUACAGUGCAGCUUAAUGGGUAAAUGUCUUUCACUGUUUAGCGUUUCUAUGUCUAUUAUGAUUUGUGGUGGUCAUGUCAACAUGUCAUAUUUGUGUGGAUUGGCUCUCUUAUACUGCUUAUGAAAUAUUUGGCGCCGCUACAGUAUUGUGAUACACUCAGUAAAUGUGCUGUACAUCUUGGUGGCUGGGCUGAAUGUGACGAAGAUGAUGAAAUACCUGAUAACCCUAGAGAGUAAGUUCAAUGUACAAUAUUUUUUUUAUAAUUAGAUCAGAGUAAGACAUCAGUUGUUGGUAGGUUUCAUAAGGGUAGUUCAAAGCGCAACCACGGCUGCUUAUCGUACUAUAAUACUACCUACACUGGACAUUUUGUUUUGUAGUUGGUCAGCUUUAACAAGCUGGCCUCAGGAUGUGGUUGUGAAUUACAAGAAUAAAGGAUUAUACAAAUCAUUAGGAAUUCAAAAUGUUGCUGAUCCAGGGGAUACACAUCACUGGAGAUUUUAUGUAAGUAUAUAUAUAUCGGUCUAAGUUGCCCUUAACUUCAUAAGUUCUCAUCUACACUUAGACUGUUGCUGAAAUUAUGCACAGUAGUGGUUCAACUCACGACAGUGAUUGGUAGUAUGUCUUAUGGUAGUAUGUCUGUAUGAUAGUAUGUCUGUAUGGUAGUAUGUCUGUAUGGCAGUGUUCACGUGCUAUUCACGUGUAUGACCAGGUAUCGAUUUAUGCAAUAUCAGUUGUCUAAUUAGCCUUUUCCCAAAAAAGUUCACAGUGCAUUCUGGGAUCGUUUGGAGGGACAAAAUAUAUGGUGACAGGCGUCAAAUAUGUGAAAGAAUAGAAGUAUCUACUAUCAAAAAUCAACUUUUUAGACGACCAAAAAUGCAAUAUCUCCUUUUUACAUUAAUCAUUCAGUUUAAAUGUGUGCUGCCAUAUUUUUUGUCUCUCCAACCUGGCAUUCGCGCGACUAGACCCAGGACUUUGGGAAAUGGCUAAUUGAGUCUAGAAGUGCUUACAUCACGCAAUUUUCAAAUCUAUCUAAACAUUAGGUAUACGCAAUGCAAUGUUGGAUACAGCAGGUCAAAAAGUUACUGUUUUCUUCUAAGGACUAUUAUCAUUUCAUCCAAUAGUAGAAACUUUGAUAGUAUAAACUAUACACGUAAAAACACAAGUUGUAACAAACCUGCAGCAGACUUGUAGCAAUGCUGUUCCAACAACUUGUCAACAGGAUGUGUUCGCACUGCUUGUUCCCAGUUUGUUGACAACUUGCUACAAAAUUGUUGAGUUCAACAGACUUGUUACAAGUUGUUCCAACAACUUGUUAUCGUCCUGCAAUUCAACAAUUUGUCAACAAGUUGUGAGUGACAACCUUGUAGCAUCUUGUCCUUGAUAAAAUAACAGCAAUGUUACAGCCUGUUGACAAGCUUGCUGCAAGCCUGUUGCGAACAUAUCUUGUUGACAAGUUGUGAGAUUUUUACCUGUGUAGCCUUUGUGGUGGAACGAUUUUUGCUAUGAUCUAUGUAAAGAUUUUAAUUAUCACAUUCACACUAAUCACACAAUGUUUUUUUUCAUAUAUAGUUUGUGUUUCAAUCACCAAUACGACUGACCAAUUGGCUACUAUGUACACUAUGUAUUCUUAUCUUCUAUCAACUGGUAAUGUUAUGCAAGUCACCGCUAUGGCACGAGGUCGUAUCAUUGUCCCUUCCAUUACUCUUCAAUUACGUCAUCCUUUUUAAGCUGUUUCGUGAUCGCUGGGUUGCCAUGGCACUGGAACUAAAGCCGACAUAA